UAUCUAAACCUUUGAUUCGUUUCAGUUCCUUCAGAGGCCACAUGAACUUAAAUCUGUAUUGAAUCGAUUUCAUACGCGUUAUGUCGCUUUUUUACUGUUGUUUAUGAGUUCUACUCUGUGAUUUCAUUUGCAUGGCUUCAACCACCGGAAAUCACACAAUCGUCACAAUGGCCAAAAGUUGUCCAAUUCAAAAUGUUGCUGAUUUAUUAUCAGAGGCGCGUCGCGUGUACCGGGAAAGAUUUGACGGCGAUGAUGCAAAUAUUGCAGUUUGCGCCCCAGGACGCGUGAAUUUAAUCGGAGAACACACAGAUUAUAAUCAAGGAUUUGUCCUCCCAAUGGCCUUGCCUAUGGUGACCGUUAUGGUGGGCAGCAAAACGUCUGGCCAGAACUGCUGUGUUGUAACUCUGACAGAAGCUGCUGAUGAGCCCAGGGUGGUGGACUUUGAUCUCCCAACUGAACUGACCCCUCUUUUAAGAGGGCAGCCAAACUGGGCCAAUUAUGUAAAGGGAGUUGUACAGCACUACAGAGUACAACCCAUACCUGGCUUUAGAGCUGUAAUAGCUAGUAGUGUGCCUCUAGGGGGAGGGCUCUCUAGCUCAGCCUCACUUGAAGUGGCAGUGUACACCUUUCUACAGCAGUUGUGUCCAGAUGAUGGGGAUCAGGUUGCAAAAGCAGUGGCCUGUCAGCAGGCUGAGCACACUCAUGCUGCUGUGCCCUGUGGCAUCAUGGACCAGUUUGUGUCUGUUUUGGGUAAAGAGGGCCACGCAUUGCUCAUUGAUUGCAGAUCUUUAGAAGCCAUUGCUGUCCCCUUGGCUGACCCUGGACUUGUAAUCCUGAUCACUAAUUCCAAUGUUAGACAUUCACUCACAGGCAGUGAGUAUCCCACCAGACGAAAACAGUGUGAGGAGGCAGCAGUCAUUUUGGGCAAAAGUAGCUUAAGGGAUGCUACAUUACAAGAUCUGGAGGCUGCCAAGGAUCGAUUGGACAGUGUGACAUAUAGACGGGCACGCCACGUGAUUGAGGAAAUCGAACGCACCUCACAAGCAGUGGAGGCACUCAAGAAAGGGGAUUACAAAGAAUUUGGAAAACUGAUGGUCGAAAGUCACAAUUCUCUGAGGGAAAAUUACGAGGUCAGUUGUCCAGAACUGGAAGAGCUGGUGUCGGCAGCACUGGAGGUGGAUGGAGUGUUUGGAAGUCGGAUGACUGGGGGAGGGUUCGGUGGAUGCACAGUAACUUUGCUACAGGCUCAUGCCACAGAAAGAGCAAUGGAGCACAUUCAGGAGAAAUAUCAUGGAUCUCCAACUUUCUAUAUAACUACACCAUCAGAAGGAGCUCGUGCUCUCAGGCUUUGAGUUUUCUAACAAGUGCUAAAAUGAAAAGAAGUACUUGAAAUUUAAAUUCAUUUGCAUUGUUUUGCUUUUUGUGUCUCACUAAUCAGAAUAAAUUAUCUUUAAUCAGUGGCAAAAAUUGUGCUUAUAUUAUUAGUUCACACAUAUGCCUAGCAUCCAUAUCCAAAAUGGUUA